UUUGCGUGAAGACGAGGGAUUCCCCCACACUUCCUUUUUUGCAGCAAUAUAAACCCAGAGACAACAUCAUUCAGUUUCAGUAGACACCAGCCGACCACAGCCAACACAGACUCAAGAUGCCUUUCAAGCCACACUACCUGUUGGUCUCCCUGACUCUCUGCUGGUUCGUGGCUCUUCAAGCAUUCCCCAUGAACGGCUGUGCUGCAUGUCAGAAGUGUCUCUGCAUCAGGACGUCCUCUGCUUUCAUCUCUCCUAGGCUGUUCCACAGGAUAGAGAUCCUACCUGCAGGUGCCCACUGUCGUCAAACAGAGAUCAUCGUUACCAAGAAGGACAAAGCCACCGUCUGUGUGACUCCAGAUGCACGAUGGAUCAACAAAGUCAUUGCCAAGUUACAAAGAACCAACAAGAAGAAGAGAAGUGCAGAACUUCCCAUCUCAACCACCAUUGAGUGAAUUGGAACAGGAAUGUAUCAAGUUGGAGCUAAAUGGAAAUGUGAUGCCAAUGUAAUACCAAUGUAAUACCAAUGUAAUACCAAUGUGAUACCAAUGUGAUACCAAUGUAAUACCAAUGUAAUACCAAUGUAAUACCAAUGUGAUACCAAUGUGAUACCAAUGUAAUACCAAUGUAAUACCAAUGUGAUACCAAUGUAAUACCAAUGUGAUACCAAUGUAAUACCAAUGUAAUACCAAUGUAAUACCAAUGUAAUACCAAUGUAAUACCAAUGUAAUGCCAAUGUGAUACCAAUGUAAUACCAAUGUAAUACCAAUGUAAUACCAAUGUAAUACCAAUGUAAUACCAAUGUGAUACCAAUGUGAUGCCAAUGUGAUGCCGAUGUGAUACCAAUGUGAUGCCAAUGUGAUGCCAAUGGAUUCUGUUCAAAUAUGAUUCCAAUACCAAGUUAAUUAGUUUAUCUUAAAUGAUCUCAGUAUGUAUUGUUAGGUUCUUAUUUUUCAGAGUAAAUAACCCACGGACACUAGAGAAGCUUUAUCCAAGUUUAAUUAUUCCCAGAGGUUCUGUACAGCUGUAAUUCAGACAACCCAACAUUUGUCACAUCCAGAUAUUUAUAUCCCACUUAAGACCCUCCUCCUUCUCUUCAAUCCUUUCAUCUUAUGGUCCUACAGGAAGAGAGUAAAAAGGGUAACAGGAUACCAAACCUUUAUUACUCCCUUCAGGUGACCUGUCCACACCUCCUGACCUCAACCCCUCCUUCAUCUAAUCCACAGAUGUCCAUCUGUCUCCCCUGUUUCACACUUUGCUCUCCUCUCGUCCCCCAACACAUUCCACAGCUAUCUGUCUUUCUACAGAGACCCAGUCUCUAUACUCCUUAAUAUACUAUGUGUCUAAUCGAUCAUGUCUUUAAUAUCUCAAUGUUCAAACUGUCGAAUCCAACAGUCCCUCGUCUUGAACAAUAGCAUCCUAAUGUUCAAUUCAUAUAAACUUGGAAAUUACUAAUAAAUGUAUAAACAAUGAUAAUAAUACAUGAAUUAAAAAACUAACACAUGAUUAUAAUACAAUAAUUAAACAAACAAACAACUGAACAAACAAUGGACAGACAGUCACUGUGAGGUUUACAAAUUCAGAGACUUAUGUCCUCUGAAUUAUGAUCACACAACAAAAUGCCAUUCCAGCUGAAUCUGCUGUCUCCUUCAAUGGCAGAUGGAGCAGCUUUUAGUUUCUCCACUUUCCCCUUCUGGUUCCUAGGAGAGUGAUAGCACAAGACUUGGAAAGCAACAAAAAUACAUAAAACAUAACAGUAUUAACAAUGUGAUAAGCUAUGCAUAAUUAUAUAUGCAUGAAAACCAAAGUCUGAGACCAUGACAAUUCCCACUCUCUCUUCACCUGACUCUAUGCCUCCAGGAUACUUUCCUGCUGGGUUCCACAGAAAUGAAAGCUCUAAAAAGCUUCCUCAUGCUUUCACCCAGUCUUCCCCUUUAGGCCCCAGGUUCCGAGAGGUGU